GAAAUACAGAAAUGUUUAAUUUGCGUUCUUUAAUUAGUUUUACAUAUAUAUGCAUCGAUAAGUGUCGAAAUUAUUUCAGUUCUAUAGAAAUCAGGCAUUUUUGCAGCCACCCAAGUUUACGGAAGAGCAACUGGUAUAAGUGUACAGUGUUUGAUGGAUGAGGAAGGGAUUAUUUUAAAUAUAUAUUCUUGAAAAAAUAUUAUACGUUUUCUUUCUCAACAACGUCGGUUGGUUUAAAGGGAUAAACAUGCCUUUAUUUGCGCAGAAUCCAUUCGACCAAGAUGUUGAGAAAGCCACCAAUGAAACCAAGACAGUGGAGGACUGGGCCCUGAUCAUGGAUAUCUGUGACAGGGUUGGACAUACACCCAAUGGAGCUAAGGACUGCCUGAGGUCUGUGAUGAAGAGAGUCAACCACAAGGUCCCACAUGUUGCCAUGCAAGCCCUCACCUUGCUGGCUGCCUGUGUCAAUAACAGUGGAAGAAUCUUUCACUUAGAAAUCUGCUCACGGGACUUUGCCACUGAAGUCCGAGCUAUAUUGAGCAGGGCCCACCCUAAGGUGUGUAACAAGCUGAAGGGGAUGAUGGUGGAGUGGUGUGAUGAGUUCCAGAAAGAUCCACAGCUCUGUCUGAUCAGUGCCACCAUUAAGUCUCUGAGAGAGGAGGGGGUCGUCUUCCCGUCUUCUGGCUCACAGGGGUCCAGCCUAAAGGUCACCACACCUGCUGUUAGUAAACCAUCUGACGAUGACGACCUUGCCAAAGCUAUUGAGCUGUCGCUGCAGGAACAGAAGCAGCAUGCUGAGACGCGGCCCCUCACCGUGUCCGCCGACCCCCCCUUCAACACCAACGGGGGCGGGGGUAGCAAGGACUCUCGGAAGGUGCGGGCGCUCUAUGACUUUGAGGCGGCCGAAGACAACGAGCUCACCUUCAAGACGGGGGAGCUCAUCCUAGUCCUGGACGACAGUGAUUCAAACUGGUGGAAAGGAGAGAACCACAGAGGAGUAGGUCUCUUCCCAUCCAACUUUGUCACGACCAACCUCGAUGCUGAGCCUGAACUAGUAACAUAUGUGGAGAAGACACCAGCCCCGGAGGAGCCCAGCAUAGAAGCCAUAGUGGAGUCUGAGCCUGUCUUUAUAGAUGAGGAGAAGAUGGAUGGAGCGCUGUAUCUGCUCCAGAAUACUGACCCUGCUGAUGCAGCACCUGACUGCCCAGAGCUGGUCCAACUGGAGGGUGCUUGUGAGCAGAUGAAUCCAAUGAUUGAUGACAAGCUGGAAGACAUUGACAGGCAACACUCUGAGCUGUCUGAGCUGAAUGUGAAGGUGCUAGAGGCCUUGGAGCUCUAUAACAAACUGAUGAACGAGGCACCAUUCUACACAGCCUACUCCAAACUGCAGUCCCAGCAGCAGCCCCACUACGCACCUGCCUCUCAACUCCCCAUGCAGGGAUACCCAGGUCAGGCUGGUGGUUCCUACAUGCCUCCAGGGAUACCCCAGGGCCCCCCAGGCCAGCAGGCCUACAUGGGCUCUGACCAACCCGGACCCCUCCAGUCGCUCCCCCCUAACGUCACAUCUCCCAAUGGUCAGCCAGCACAGCUUCCUUACAGUUCUCCAUAUGCACCUGCCGGCUACCCACCACAGAUGGGUGUAGCCCCACAGAUGGACAUGUCGGCCUAUCAGAACUCCAACCUGCCACCAGCCUCCUAUCAAAUGGCUGCUUCAUCGCACCAGGUCCCACAGCAGCAACAGGCCUACUAUCAGCAGCCUCUCCUGUAAAGUGCAAUACAACCAAGGCUGUCUGAGUGAGCAGCAGCAUAUCCCCACCAACAGACACAGUACAACAAUACACAAGUGUGUGUGUGUGAUUAUCCUCCCCCUAUUUUGACCUUUAUGAUAAAAUGCCCUAUACGUAGUGCACUACUGCUCUGGUCAAAAGUAGUGCACUACGUAGGGAAUAGGGUACCAUUUGGGACACUACCUAGAUGAUUGUCACAAAGGUCGGUGGCUGUGUGAGAGGGAGACUACAUGCCAACCUACCAGCCACCACGGCCCAUUUUGAAGGGAUGAACGUUUUAAAUAGAAAGUGUAAAAUAAGUAAUUUUCCUUAUCCUGGUUUGCCUCAAAAACAUUUAAGUGGGCAGCUGUCCAGCUGAUCAUUUCCAAACUGCGUCAUAGAUGGUAUGUGUGUGUUUGUCCCUGUUCAGUUUUUUAUUUUAUAUUUUUAAAUGUUGAUUUCUCUUCACCCUCUGGUCUAUCAGGAAAUCAGUCCGAUUGAAGGAGUCCAUGGCUGGCCAGGACAAGUCAAUUUGAAAUGGAAUUGACCCCAACCCCGACCAGGACUUGUUUUUUUCUAUCCCCCUCUCUAACAGCAUCAUCCACUUUAGUUUACCCUUCUCGGGGCCAAAGGUUAUGAAGUGCUACAGCUAUCGGUAUUUCUGUGGUUUAGUCACUACUAUAAUACCACAAUAUAGUUUGAUUAAUUUCCCAUACACUGCCUGCCUUGCAACACCCUUUGGGUGUUUAAUACAUUCUAGGAGUAAAGCAAAAUGUUUAAACAUUUUUAUUUGUGUGCUACUUCAAGGUGAAUUUAUCAAAUUAACUUAUCAUUCAAUGUUAAAUGUAUUUUGAAGUGUGGCUAUGCAGCCUUUCCAAAUUACUGCAGUUGUAUGUUCAAUAUACAUUUUUAUACACAUUACUUUUUUUGUAAUGCAAAUGUGAUCUAGCCUGGGUGCCUGUCUGUUUCUGCUCUCUUGCUAACUUAUGGAAUUUGUCAUGUUUGGCUUGACAAUAACAAUACUGCAGUUGGAAAGAUGGCACAAACAGAUCUGGGACCAGGCUACAUAACAACAUGGCUUUUGGUUAACACAACAUUCAUGUGCCAAGGCUCUAGGCAACUUCCUGGAGGCCCCAUAUACAGUGAUUUAACAAGAUGUAAUUGCAAGCUAUAAGUGGUUGAUUGGGAAAUGAGCCUAGUCCUAUCUAUUUUUCUAUGGUCUUUCUUUAUUCACUCUUCUGUUGAAAAGGCUUUUGACAAUAUAUGUUAUUAAUAGAUGUCUGUAAUUAUUAAAUUGAUAUCUGUCUGCUUUUCAUGUUUCUGGGCUGUGGGCGGUCACGUUUUCAUAGAAAUCUAUUUCUCAAACAUAUUUUCAUUUAUGCAUUACUUGUCUUUGCAUUGGUAUGGCUGUCUGCUCUGCAGUUGGACCUUUAAUUUUAAUGUUGUAAUUCGAUUUGUAUUUUAUUUGUUAUAUAUUUUCUCUGGAUUAUAUCCAUAUGAUCAGAUAAUAUUUUAUGGUUUCUAGAUGUAAGAUUCUCCUUUUAAUGCUUUUGUUUUUACUUUAUUUGUGUCUUCUCCAAAAUGCAAGCAGAACAAAUAGCUACCGUGACCAACAGCUAGAAAUUGGUCUUUACUGAUGAAGGUGUGGACAAAGACUAGUAGCUAGAGAACUGUUAGACCUAAAAUGUUCAUCUGAACUUAAUGAAUCUGUUGAGUGAAACCGAGGACCAGGAUUCUGUUGUUGUUUUAUCUGGAUCAAGUCAACUCUGACUCAUAAGAACUGUCUAUGCUUUAUUUGUCUUAACUUGCCUCUUAAACGGUGUUGUGUAUAUUACAUGUAAAAUAUCUUCUGGCAUUGUCGGUAUUGCACUUUAACCUUGUUAACAUUUUAUUUACCACUGAAUGCCUUGUUUUUCUUUAGGAAUAAGGAAUUGACAUCUGUAUAUCUAGAACUCUUUAUAUUUAAAACGUUUCCAGGGAAUGUUCCGAUUCAGUACUACCGACAUAAUAACCGACUAUGUUUUGUAACAUCAAGGUUUCUCUUUAUCUUGUGUUAUUGUAAAAAAUUAUUUCCUAACACAGUCGACUAAUAUUCUUUCAAAUAAAAUGUACCUGUGUUCAAGGCUCUCUUGUACUGA